AUGCGUUCCACUCUCCUCCCCCUCCUCUCUCUUCUGACCCUCGCCCCCUUCGUAGCAGCCGACCUCCACCACGACAUCAUCUGCGCUACAAAGGUCGGGGGUGCAACCGUCUACCACGCCGACGCAACAAACAAAGCCUGCGCCGCGUACCGAGCACGCAACACGGGGUCCCAACAGUGGGAUACAUGCCCAGACUGUACAGUGGUCCUUGUCGGAAACCUCAACAUCUGCCACUCAGAGGGGAAGCAUAUUGGCGGGGAUGAAAUGCAGUACUAUUGCAAGCAGAAUGGGGCUAUGUCGGUUGCGUAGAUGGAUGAAGCGUGGGCGUGGCUUGGAGAUCUUACGGUGAAAGGCUUAUUG